CGCGCCCGGCCCCCCGCCGCUCCCGCCCUCCCUCCGGCCCUCCCGCGCGCGCGGAAGCAUGCAGCGGGCCGCCCUGUUCGGCAGCCCUGGCGGCGGCCCCGGCGGCGGCAGCGGCCCCGGUCCCGGCCCUGGCCCCGGGAAGAUGGCUGCAGGAGACCUCGGGGAGCUGCUGGUCCCUUACAUGCCCACCAUCCGCGUCCCCAGGUCCGGGGAUCGAGUUUACAAGGCGGAGUGCGCCUUCUCCUACGACUCCCCGAUUUCCGAAGGAGGUCUCUACGUGUGCAUGAAUACGUUCCUGGCGUUUGGAAGGGAGCAUGUGGAAAGGCACUAUCGGAAAACUGGGCAGUGUGUGUACAUGCAUCUGAAAAGGCAUAUAAGAGAGAAAGUAACAGGGGCAUCUGGUGGCGUCUUACCCAAAAGGAGGAAUCCCAAGCUAUUCUUAGAUCUAGAAAUGACUGGAGAUUUAAAUAGUGAUGAUUAUGAAUAUGAAGAUGAAGCCAAGCUUGUUAUAUUUCCAGACCACUACGAAAUUGCAUUGCCAAAUAUAGAGGAGUUACCUGCCCUGGUAACAAUUGCUUGUGAUGCCGUCCUUAAUUCAAAAUCUCCAUAUAGGAAACAGGAGCCGGAUUCCUGGGAAAAUGAGCUGCAAGUUUCCAAACAUGCCAAUAAUCUCAUGCAACUGGACAAUGGUGUCAGGAUUCCUCCCAGCGGCUGGAAGUGUGCCAAGUGUGACUUGCGGGAGAACCUUUGGUUGAAUCUGACCGAUGGCACCAUCCUUUGUGGAAAGUGGUUCUUUGACAACAUGGGGGGAAACGGGCAUGCGCUGGACCAUUACAAAGAAAUGGGCUACCCUUUGGCAGUGAAGUUAGGAACCAUCACUCCAGAUGGGGCAGAUGUUUAUUCCUUCCAAGAAGAAGAGUCUGUUUUAGAUCCCCACUUAGCCAAGCACUUAGCACAUUUUGGGAUUGACAUGCUUCAGAUGCAUUCGACGGAGAAUGGCACAAGGGACAGUGAUGUCAAACCCAGGAUCAGUGAGUGGGAAGUCAUUCAGGAGUCAGGAAUGAAACUGAAGCCCAUGUAUGGCUCUGGAUACACCGGGAUGAGGAACCUUGGAAAUAGCUGCUAUCUCAGUGCGGUCAUGCAAGCCAUCUUCAGCAUCCCUGAAUUUCAGAGAAUGUAUGUGGGAAAUUUGGCAAGAAUAUUUGACUACUCUCCUCUCGACCCAACACAGGAUUUCAACACACAGAUGGCUAAGUUAGGACAUGGCCUUCUCUCAGGCCAGUAUUCCAAACCUCCCAUGAAAUCUGAGCUCAUUGAACAGGUGAUGAAAGAAGAACAUAAGCCUCAGCAGAAUGGUAUCUCUCCAUGCAUGUUCAAGGCCUUUGUCAGCAAGAGUCACCCUGAAUUCUCCUCCAACAGACAGCAGGAUGCUCAGGAGUUUUUCUUGCACCUGGUAAAUCUAGUGGAGAGGAACCGAAUUGGCUCUGAAAACCCAAGCGACGUUUUCCGGUUUGUGGUGGAAGAACGGAUUCAGUGCUGUCAGUCCCGGAAGGUGCGCUACACCGAGAGGGUCGACUAUUUAAUGCAGUUGCCGGUGGCCAUGGAGGCGGCAACCAACAAGGAUGAGCUGAUUGCCUAUGAGUUGACAAGAAGGGAAGCAGAGACAUCCAGGAGACCCCUCCCAGAAUUGGUUCGGGCCAGGAUUCCUUUUAGUGCCUGCCUUCAGGCCUUUUCGGAACCUGAUAAUGUGGAAGAUUUCUGGAGCAGCGCCUUACAAGCAAAGUCUGCCGGUGUGAAAACAUCCCGCUUUGCCUCAUUCCCUGAGUACUUGGUAGUACAGAUAAAGAAGUUCACUUUUGGUCUUGACUGGGUUCCCAAAAAGUUUGAUGUUUCCAUUGACAUGCCAGACCUCCUUGAUAUCAAUCAUCUCAGAGCCACAGGGUUACAGCCUGGAGAAGAAGAGCUUCCAGACAUCGCCCCUCCAAUUGUCAUUCCUGACGACCCCAAAGAUCGAUUGAUGAACCAUUAUAUGGAACCACCAGACAUUGAUGAGUCGUCUGUGAUGCAGUUGGCAGAGAUGGGCUUCCCUCUGGAGGCAUGUCGGAAAGCUGUGUACUAUACUGGAAACAUGGGACCCGAGGUGGCCUUCAACUGGAUCAUUGGCCACAUGGAAGAGCCUGAUUUUGCCGAACCACUAUCCCUCCCUGGUUUUGGAGGAAGUGCUACUAUGGGGGCCACUGCUUUUGGUGCUAUCGGAUUGGAUAACCAGCCUCCAGAAGAAAUUGUAGCCAUUAUCACCUCCAUGGGCUUCCAGAGGAAUCAGGCCAUUCAGGCACUAAAGGCCUCGAACAACAAUUUGGAACGGGCCCUGGAUUGGAUCUUCAGCCACCCUGAACUGGAAGAGGAUAACGAGUUCAUCGCCCACAUGAUGGAGAUGGAGAAUAAUGCCAAUGCUAACAUUAUUUCAGAGUCCAAGCCAGAUGGUCCUAGAGUGAGAGACGGAUCAGGAAGAUAUGAGCUAUUUGGGUUCAUCAGCCACAUGGGACCGUCCACCAUGAGUGGCCAUUAUGUUUGUCAUAUCAAAAAGGAAGGCAGAUGGGUGAUCUACAAUGACCAUAAAGUGUGUGCCUCAGAAAGGCCUCCCAAAGACCUGGGCUACAUGUACUUUUACCACAGGAUAUCAAGCUAGGCCUCCGAUAUAUUCCUUGCCCAGAAGAUGCCAUAUGCCUUCAUAAUUUGCCAAAAAAUUUUAAAAAAUUAAAAAAAAAGAAGAGAGGAAGAAAGACAAAGGAAAAAAAGUUAGGAUUGCCAAACACCUAGGAAUCCACGUGGUAUUUAUAGUUUAAUUAAAGAGCCCCUUGGCUUUUUAAUGCC